AUGCAAAGCACAACCACCAUUACCACACCAACACCAAUCGAGACCACCUCAGCCAGUAGUACCACUAGCACCUCCAGGACCACUGCUGGAAGCACCACAUCGUCCACAGCCACGUCUGCUUCAACAGCAUCCUCCACUGUGGCAACACAGACUCAUACGUCCUCCAUUACUGCGUCCACCCUCCCUCAGACAACAGUGACGACCUCCACUGGCACCACGGUGAUCCCCAGUACCACUGCCCCACCAACGCGAGGCACAACAAUCAUCACUACCACCAGCAGGGCCAGCACCACCGAGACCUCUCCCGCUCAGACACAAAGCACAAUAUCCAUUACCACAUCAACAGCAACCGAGACCACCUCAGCCAGUAGUACCACUAGCACCUCCAGGACCACUGCUGGAAGCACCACAUCGUCCACAACCACGGCUGCUCCAACAGAAACGUCCACUGUGACAAAACAGACUCCAACAUCACCCACUGUCACCUCCAGUGUCUCUCAGUCAGGAAUUACAAGCACCUUAGUCAGUACAGAUAUUCUUCCAACAUCUCUUUCUUCUACUGGACCAAGCACUGACACCACUGUUUUUACCACAGUGUUCACUAGCAGAAGCAGCCCAGGAGAAGUGGUAUACAACAGAACAGAUAGGGCUGGCUGUAAUUUUUAUGCGCUUUGCAGCAAAGAAUGCGAAAUCGAACCAUUCCAGGGGCCGUGUCCUUCGACAACUCCUUUCACUACAGUCCCCUCAGAAACUACAACACAAGCUGCAUCAUCCACAGAACCUGUGUCUUCUGUCUCACCAACCACUGUGUCACUCACUACUGCAGUAGAAAGAAACUGUACUGAUGUCAAUCCUCCACGAAAGCCUGGAGAGAACUGGACAAGUGAAUGCCAGGAAUGUGUCUGUGACCCUGUCACUGCUACUGUACAAUGCCAGCCGCUGCCAUGUCGAACAGUUCAGAAACCAGUUUGUGACUUAGGAUUUGUUCCCAUGCCUGUACUACCAGUAAAAGAUCCAUGUUGUCCUGAAUUUGAAUGCCAACGAAUACCUGACAUCUGUGUGAUUAAUGGUACAAUGUACAAGGCUGGAAUGUCAGCAGUAAUCGAUUCAUGUAACAAUUGUACCUGCAGUUCUGAGAAAGAUCCAGUGACUAAGGCAAAUAUUGUGCAUUGUGAAAGAGUUCAAUGUCAAACAUCUUGCCCACUGGGUCAGCAAUAUAUGACUGGUGAUGGAGAGUGCUGUGGGAAGUGUAUUGAAGUAGCAUGCGUAAUCAAACUAAGUAACAACACUGUUCUCGUGCUCAAUGUUGAUGACAUCUUGCAACUUGAUAAUUGCAGCCAUUACAAAUGUGAAAAAAUUGAAGAUCAAUUUGUUGCAGUCCAAACUAAAAGAAUAUGCCCUGAGUACAACCCAGGAGAAUGCGAUCCUGAUGAAGCAGAGACUACUGAUGAUGGCUGCUGCAAAAUAUGUAAACCUGCAAACUGCAAACCUCACACAGAAAAAACUGUGAUCCGCUACGAUGACUGUGAAUCUUCUGAAGCUGUUGAGCUGGCAUAUUGUGAAGGAACUUGUCCUGGCUCCUCAGU